GUUGCCACGGCCGCACCGUAUAUCUCUGACGGCCGCGCAAGCCGUAGGUUGUUGGCUGCCUGCCUUCUCCCGCGGGGGCGCCGUGUCGCGAUCGGGUCGCCGCCUCCGGUCUCCUACCUUCCGCGGCCCCGGCGGAGCACCUGACCGCGCGGUGGAAACCGAGGUGGUGGUGUCUAGGGAGCCAUUGGUGACUGGUGCCGCUCGCGUAGGAGGUGGGGGGAAGGGAAACGGGAGGCCGGCGGUCUCUUUACCGCCCGCGCGCGGGCAUUUACUCCGGGGUCUGGGCUCUGGUCACCUUGGCAUGCGAAUAAGCACGACGCCAUGGGAGGACGCCGCUGACCUCGAUGCAGGGUGGGGAAGGACGACGUGGUGGCGAGAUGGUGCGGCGCGGCGAGAAGCGGCAUUUCUUCCCGCUUACCAGCUUGCAAAUCGGGGAUUUACAGUCAUAUCUUGCAGAACUGACUAUAUUUUUGUGCCCUGAUACCAAGAAGUUUUUUAUAUUGCUCGACAACCGCCCAUGGUUGCUAGAUCAAGACACAAAACCUGCUCACCUAUGGCAGCUGAUGGUUACCAAGUCGAGACUUUCCCCUUUCGCGAACACUAGAACUAGGAGGAAGCAAGAUGAGACUGGUGUAAAGCUUGUAUUCUCAGAAGGCCCAAUAUCUGCUCCCCAUUUGUGGAAUAAAUCUUCAAGAUGGUAUUCCUUGAUCGAUGAGGCCAUGCGGGAAAAGAAGCUUCAAGUAAAUAAGUUGAAAGAUUCUCGCCUACUGAACAGGGAGCUGCAUCAAACUUUAUAUGGUUUUAUCAUUUUUGAGGUAGAUUGGGCUGAUGUGCGUGGCAUCAACUAUUUGAAUGAACUUCAGACUGAUACAUCAAUGGCUGUGGAAUCUAAAAUAAUGAAGAGAUGGGAAUUUGAAAGUGUCAAUCAAGCUUCAUCACUAAUCACUUCUUGGUUCUCAGGAAAUCACUCUGAAUGCCAGCUCUUACAAGACUACCUGAACGGCAUCUCUUCUGACGGUGAUGUGUUUUAUGAUGCUCAGCACGAUUUCUUAACACCUGAAUGGGACAACGAGAGUUUAGCUAGUGAUAAUGAUGAUUCUGGUCAUGUUCAAUGCAUCAGAGAGUCAUCAAGUACCGCAGGCUCAUCUUACACACCACCACCUUGCUCUGGACCUUACAAGAGGAGAAAAAUAACAAAAUCUGAUGCCGGAAGUAGUAUGUCUGAAGAAUCAUACUCAGAAAUUGUGACCUCACCAAGAUAUUCAUCAUCGUUAUGUUCAUCAUGUGGCAGUGAUAAUGAGAGUGCUAAGCUGCUGUUGGAGCCUACUACAUAUACGGAUGUACUGAUCUGUUUCCGCUUCAAUGAUCAUGACCUCCCAUUCAGACUGAAAGAAGCUAUACUAUCUGAUGUGAGACUGUUAACCUUACUUGAGUAUGGCCUUCCUUCAUGGGUCAUCUUUCUUCAGUCAUAUCCAGUGUUCUGCAAGAUAUAUCGCCCAUGGAUGUGCCCUCUCGCCAGAGCAUUGUAUGUCUUGAUGUCAAUAAUUACUGUUCUUAUAGGAUUUUAUGAUCUCUACAAGAAUGUCCCCAUGUUGAAGGCAACUGCCUCAAGAUUGUUUGGCCCUUUAUUUGAUUGGAUAGAAACGUGGGAAAUGAUAUCAAGACUUAAGUAUCUGGGAACUAUGCUUUUUCUGCAUAAUUUCCAGCUGGCUUUUACAUGGUCUCUUAAGAUUGUGAAUGCUGCUAAGUCUGCUCUUAGUGUUCUGACAAAGCCAAUUUUGGGACCAAUUUUGGAGUUUUUUGAAUUUACCCUGCCAAUGUGGAGCCUUUGUGCCGAGGCAGCAGGAUAUCUGAGUUCAGUUGUCAUGGCAUCACUGGAGACAUCAUGGAGUGUAGUUAUCGGUACAGUGCAGAUGAUUAUCUGGCCAUUUUGGUUUAUCUUCAGUACUAUGCUUCACAUUGGUAUGAUUGAUGUAACCUCUCACAUCAUCUAUUUUCAUUUCCUCUAUGUUUUGAUUCUGAUGCCUUUCUAUAUUUUUUUGUUCACACCAGUAAAUUCAAUUCUGUACCCUGUAAUUUGGCUCCUUGGAGAAAUACUAGUUGCACCUUUCCGACUUGUUGUUGGGCUAUUAAGUUUUGUAGCAGACCUUUUUGUUGAUAUUGUCAGUGUUCUAAGGCAGACCUGGUCAACAUUAAGUGCAUUAUAUCAAGUUGGAUCUGUACCCAGCUCACCUGGGCUUACUGAAACUAGCAUUUGGGGUUCACUCUGGAAAGAUCUUCUAUAUCAGAUUUUCCGUGCAAUCCGGAGCAUUUUGUACGGUUUUGUUGCCUUCUUUUCAACAUGUAAUAGGCACCGGCUCAGCAUUUACAAUCACAUUCAAGUAUUUCUCCAACGCCUAUCGCAUGUCUUAACGGGUGCACGACAUACCACCUCUCGUGAUGUAGCUCGGAAGUAUCCCAGUCAUAAUCAUCCUAGAAGGAAAACUAAGAUGGGAUAACAGUGGAUUUAGCUGGCAGGUUAACAUUAGCAAGUAACAAGCUAAUUCAGGGUAAAUCCUUUAGAAGGCAAAAAAGAUUACAGUAUAAGCCAAAAAAAAUAUGGAGACAGAGAUAGAACAAUCAGUAGCUAGUAAAAUUUCUACUCGGUCGGGCCUUCAUAACAAGAUGACAAUGGAAGAAUCAUGUACAUGACUCGUACUUCAACGCUGAAAGUUUCGUUACAUAGCUCUAACCAGCUGUUUCUUUUUGUACCGAGUACCGGCAAGCAGUGAAGCAAAACACUACAACUGUACAUACGCGGAUCUUUUUACUGUUGUUCGUUGUACAUUAGCUUGUAAAGUAGGCUUGUGCAUAUCCUCCUGUAAUGUUCCUCUGAACAACAAUUUUGUAAUGUAUGUAUGUCUCGAGUAUGUGUUCAAUGUUCAGCUUCCUUGACAAAGAUGUGCAAUUCUUUCAUCUUA